AUGAACGCACUAUCCAACACUUGUUUCUUGAAGUCUCCAACCGACCGUGGCGUCAAUCAAGACAACAGCAACAGCAACAGCAACAACCAAGCUGGUGCCAGUUCAUCCUCUACAGCUCUCAGAACGCUGGGCCGCAGCGACAUGCAUGCGAUCUUUUCCAUGUGCCGCAAGAAUCAAUGGAACUCUGUUCUGAGCUGUGUACAGACGAAUCCACAGAUUCCUGUCACUAGCAUGAUUAUGGACAAUCACAUUUCCACCACCAUUCUACACCAAGCCAUUACCAGUAAGGGUAACACGGAACAUCGGGCCAAGGUGAUUCGAACCAUUCUCGACAUGGCACCCCAAGCAGCAUCGAUCAAGAACGGAUACGGUUCCUUGCCACUUCAUGUCAUUGCCCAACGAAAUACCAAGAUGGACGCUCCAACCAAGGAGCUGUUGAUUACGGAACUAGUUCUAGCCUACAAGGGGGCCUUGUUGCAACCGGGAGGUGUGGGGAAGCGAACACCAUUGCACAUUAUCUUUACUGAUUACAUUUCUCCACGCGUGACGGAACUCAUGAUCCAAUAUGGUCCUCAAGCUUGCUUUAUGCGGGACAAGAAGGGAUACUUGCCCGCCCAUGUCGCGUGCUCUCGCCAUUGCAGUCCGGAAAAGCUUCGCAUGCUUCUGGCAGUCCACCCAGAGUCAUUGGUGGCCAAGACCAACGAUGGUCAAUCUCUUUUGGCUCUGGCGAUUGGAACAGCUACCAAAUCACACCCCAAUUACGCUCUCAUUGAUGCAAUUCGCACCAAGUUGGAUGGAAUCGGUGUUGGCAUGAGUGUGCCAAACGGUAUGGCCGUGUCACCACGAAGAAGAAUGGCACCCGUUGCUAUUGCUUCUACUAUCAAGUCCAACAGGCCCAAGCAAAGAUGCUUUAGAAAGACUCUAACCAGGCGUCGAGCCACCACAAGCACGUCGUUUUGGAGCAAUUCUGCAUCUCUUGAUGUCGCCUCGUUGGCAGCGCCAUCUACAAGUGUAGCUACCAUCUCUAAUGAUUGCUUGGAAGAUUUCCAUCUUUCCAAUCGAGAAAGCAAAACUCGCAAGGUCACGGACGAGUCCACUGAUGAGUCUACCACUGCGUCGGACGAUUGCAAACAACCGGCACUCGAAGAAGAUCCAGUCUCGUUGUUGUUGCAUUUCUCACGCCACACGGAUGGAAAGACCCGUGUGGAACAAGUUUGA